AUGCAGUCAGACUCGCCAAUUGACGAAGAGCGCAUCUAUGAGGAGCGCUCGCCGCUCCUUGCGCACAGCGAGGAUGUUCAUCAUCCUCCAGACCAUCGUGUCCCAGUUUCGAUAGCACGGCGACUCUAUUUAUCGCAUUUCUUGUCGACAUGGAACUCGCGCGUUUUCGAGUUCGGCGCCGUUCUGUAUAUAGCCAUCAUAUUCCCCGGCACGCUUAUGCCCAUGUCUGUGUAUGCAGUCGUGCGUGGACUGUCUGCUAUUGCUUUUGCGCCGGCGGUUGGCUUGUACAUUGAUACUGGUAAUCGUCUGCAGGUCAUUCGAGUGUCCAUUGUCUUUCAGAGAGUCGUCGUCGCUGCCUCCUGUGCCAUCUUCUACGUCCUCCUUAAGGGCCUUCCCGCCGGCUCUCCUGUAGGACUCGGGCUACUUGUCGUCGCCACAUUGUUCGCCUGCAUGGAGAAGCUUUGCUCUAUAAUGAAUCUCGUGUCGGUCGAGAAGGACUGGGUGGUAGUGGUUGCAGAGAAAGACCCAGAGGCCCUUCGAACCAUCAAUGCACAAAUGCGACGCAUCGAUUUGCUCUGCAAACUACUCGGUCCCCUCUUCAUCGCCUUGAUAGAUGGCUAUUCCUCCGAGGCAGCCAUCGUCGUCAAUUUCGCCAUGAAUGCAGCCUCAGUAGUCGUCGAGUACUUCGCCAUCGCUAGAGUUUACUGGGAGGUCCCAGAAUUACAGAGGCCCAAACAGGAGCAUCAGCCAUCAAUUCAGUUCGACUCGUCGCAGGAUUCUCAUGGCUUGGCUGGGGGAAGCUGGCAACGGCUCAAGGUUGUUGCCACCAGGUCUGCCACCGACUUCGCUUUUUACUUUAACCACCGCGCCUUUCUUCCGUCUUUUGCUGGCGCCAUACUCUACCUCACGGUGCUUAGCUUUGCUGGCCAAAUGGUUACAUAUCUUCUAUCUGCUGGCUAUAGCUCGAUACAGAUCGGUAUUGCCCGAACGCUCAGCGUUGUCUUCGAGAUCCUAGCAACAUGGUUUGCGCCUUGGCUCAUGGGCCGGAUUGGCGCUGUAAGAGCUGGUCUCUGGCUCAGUACCUGCCAGGUUAUCACGCUGGCCGCUGGCUUUGCUGUGUUUUGGAUUUUUGAGGAUAAGUCCCUCCUCUCGGCCACUGGCUUAGUUGUGGGAACCAUAUUGAGUCGUCUGGGCCUACGUGGGUUUGAUCUCUGCAUUCAACUCAUCGUCCAAGAGAAUGUCGAGGCCGAGAGCCGCGGUGCGUUUUCCUCUGUUGAGGCUGCUUGGCAAAAUGCCUUCGAGCUUCUCUCAUAUGCCUCAACUAUCCUUUUCUACCGUCCCGAUGAAUUCAAGUGGCCGUCACUUCUUUCUGUUGCGGCCGUCACUUCAGCGAAUGUAGCAUACACGAUAUAUGUCUACCUCCAAAAGGAGGAAAACGACCAACUCUUCGUCAUCAAGUACUUUGGUUCCGGUGUCAUCAUCGCUACGGCCUUCAUCCAUCUCCUGGCCCCGUCCAUCGCCGCACUAUAUUCGCCAUGUCUCAACCCCGACAGCGUCAUCACCCAAUAUCCUUGGCCGGAAGGAAUCUGCCUUAUGACCGUCUUCGUUAUGUUUUUUGUGGAGCUAUGCAUCUCCCACCAUAAGCCUUCAGGCACUGACCAAGAUCGUGGUUUUCAUAGUGGCGGUGGCAGAGACCCAGCUCCGGACUUGAUGAAGGGGAGAGAUCAGGAGAAUGAAGCUGAGCUUGGCACAACAGAAAGUGAGAAUCUCGAUACAGACAAGUCAAACGAACUCGCUGCUCACUUGGGCACUCUGUUUAUACUCGAAUUUGGCAUCAUUUUCCAUUCUAUCCUCAUUGGCAUAACCCUUGCCGUCUCUGGAGAGGAGUUUACCGUCCUCUAUGUCGUACUGGUCUUCCACCAGACCUUCGAGGGUCUCGGCCUAGGCUCCCGGCUUGCCAUCGCUGCUUGGCCAUCAGGCAAGGAGUGGUUGCCCUAUCUUCUCAGUGCAAUAUACGCACUCUCUACCCCUGUUGCUAUCGCUGCUGGGCUUGGCGUACGCAACUCGAUCACGCCUGGUACACAUUCGUCUCUGGUGGUAAUGGGUGUUUUCGAUGCCAUCUCGGCUGGGAUUCUGCUCUAUACAGGACUCAUCAGCCUGAUCGCCUACGAUUUCUUCACGGGCAGUGCGAGCAAGGACCAGAGCGGGAUGAGGUUCAUGGCUUUCGGAUGCAUGUGUGUGGGGGCAGGCAUCAUGGCCUUGUUGGGCUACUGGGCUUAA